AGCAAAAAAAAAAAUUCAUUCAAGAUAACCAUCGUAUUCACACACGCACACACAUACAUACACAAACACACAUAAACGACAAUGGUUCUUCAUCAAAGAUCAUUGGUGGCAAAUAUGUUACCUCAUCGGACGCCAUUCACAAUAAUUAUAGCCAUUUUAGCUGCCGUUAUCAUUGGUUCAUCUGCCAAUAGCCAAGAUAAUAGUCAUCAUCAUAAUAAAAAUGACGAAAUAGUGAGCUUCGAGUUGCCCACCGAAACCGAAACCGAUACUCAUACUCAUCAUAAUCAACAACAACGACAAUCGCAAGUUCAACAUCUGCAUCAUGAAAUAUCGCCACCGAUCAAGCGACAAAUUUCAAAUAAUCCUAACUAUCAAUAUUAUAAUCUUGAGCUGCCAAAUACAAACACUACGAAUUUUCAAUUACCACCUGUUGAGGAUCAUUUUAUCCAUUAUCAUCAACCACAAUCACAGCCUUCACGUGAUCAAACACAGCCGCAACCUGUUCAUCGUCAUCAUUCACUUUCUAAUCAUCAUAAUCAGCAGCCACAACAAGCGCAAUAUCAUCAACCACAGCCACAAUAUAUCCAACCACAAUCACAAUCGGCUAGCAACCAGGAUCAAUUCAAUUCGAUUCGUCGUUAUCCACAGUUUCAACAAAAUCAACCGCUAACAAAUAAUGAGCCAUUGAUUUCAGUCAUAAGCGGUGCAAAUCAAUUUCAUCCAUCUCAAUCGGUCUCAUGGAAUCCACCACCAACGCAUUUUCCACCACCACCAAUAUCGCCACCUCAAUCAUCUUCAUCAUCUUCAGUUUUGAAUUCAGCUCAAGCACCAUCAUCAUUGCCCGAUUCGAUCAGUAAUAUUCCACAAAAUUCUCCACAAUCAUCAAUUGUAUCAUCAUCACAAUCGAAUGCCAAUCAAUUUAAUGCUCAGCUGGUUGAUUCUUCCAACAACCAACGAACAAAUUCACGAAGUCAGUCUCAAUCGUUUUCGCCAUCAAAACCAAGUGAAUCUUCAGUACAAUCACAGCCCGCUUAUCCAUUCCAAUAUGAAGAUUUGCAAUCAAAUGCAAAUAAAUCGAGAAUAAAUUUUCGACCGGGUAAUCAUAAUUUAUUGGCCCCGAUUUCCGAACCACCACCACCAGCACCAGAUUCUACGCCAAUACCAACUCGAUCAACAGUUCCACCAUCGUCAACACCAGCCAUAGCCAAUAAGACAGCUCCAACAAAUAGUAGCGAUAAUAAAAAAGAUGAUGUCGUUAUCUAUUAUUACUAUUAUUAUGAUGAUGACAAAAAUGCAAAAAAUGAUCCGAACAAUGAACUAGAUGCUAUUCCUUCUUUAGAAGGAUUUGAUGGUGGUGUUAAUUCCCAAUCACAACCACCGUCAUCAUCACAUUCACAAUCGACUGUUGGUAAUCCACCGGGUAAAAUCCUUGUUAAACAACCGGCUGAUUCUCAUAAAAUGAUGACAGAUCUACAUUCUGGUGCCAACGUUAAACCACUUGAUAUAUCGGCAAUUUUAAAUCCAUCUACGUCAAAUUCCGAACAUAGAAAGCCAACUCAACCACAGCAGCAAUCAUCAUCACAACCAAUCACAUCGACAUCAGCUCAAAUUCAACAACCGUCACAACCUUCUAUUUUGCCACCAAUAACUAAUCAUACGAGCCUUGUGUCAAACAUUUUCCGAUAUGGAAAUCAGCAACAAUCACAACCUGUAACAAUAUCUACUCCUCAAGCUCCAUCUCAAUUGCCAUCACAUUUUGAACCAGAAAAAAUUCAACCACAGUUUAUAGGUAUCGAAAAAUUACCAGAACACGAUCAACCUCGUAUUUCUUCGCCUCAAAUACCGGCCAGUACUGCAGUUCCAACCUUAACUUCACGAACAUCAACUUUACAGCAAUAUUCAACUACCACUUCCGCCCGACCACGAUUCACGACUACCACAACAACAACAACAACAACAACUCCUACGCCAAGUACAACGGAAGCAUCGACAACAACUGAAUCACCACGUAGACGUUUUGGUAAUCGCCGACCUGGAUUCGGGGCUCCAAACCGUUCUACUCCAUCAUAUAGAAAUCGGUUAUCAACUACAACUACUACAACUACAACCACUUCAGCACCACCACGAACAUUUACACGAGCUCCGCCUGUUAGCUAUAAUAAUCCAGCGGCCGUUAAUCUUCGCCGUAAUCGUCCAUUAUCUAAUAAUCGAUUCCGUCGUCCACAACGCCCGGGAUUCGGUUCACCCAUAAAUGAUGAACGCCAUUCUGGAGAUGACCAACAAGGUGAUGGCAAAGAACAAAAUCCCUCUUCAACGUCUACAACAACUACAACAACAACAGCCGCACCACAUCGCACAGCACAAGAUCAAUCAUCACCUUCAUCUAGACGUUUCGGUAAUCGAGGGCGAUAUGGAGGACGAGGUAGUUAUCAACCACAACCAAGUACUGGACGGCCGAGUACAGAAGCAUCAUCAAGUACGACUGAUACUGCUACACAAUCUACCACAAGACGUCCAAGCGUUUAUGCAAGCCGUAAUCGACCCCAACUUCGUGGUGGUGGUGGUCGAUUACCGUUCUUACGAAAUCGAAAUCGCAAUCAACCUGAAGAACAAUCAGCCAUUUCAUCUACAACGGAAACCACUGUGGCCGCUUCUGUUUCUGCAGCUUCAGACGACCAAGGAAAUGCUGGUGGAAACGAUGAAACAGCAGCAGCAGCUGCUAUAGAAUCGGGUUCACAGCCAGCAUCUGGAAAUAGUGAUUCUGAUUUAGAAUCACAACCUGCUUUAGGUGAAUCAUCUUUAUCAUCAACCCCAUCAUCAUCAACUGAACGGCCUAAAAUCGGUGGUGGACGACAACGACCUGCAUUGUUUGGAAAUCGACCAAGGCCAAAUCUAUUUGGACGAAGAGCUCCAACGCCAGCUCAAAGUGCCUAAAUCUAAACAUGACUGUUUUAAACAAAUUGAAAGGCCAUUUAAUUUCAUUCUAUUUAUUUCUAUUUUUUA